AUGCCGCAAGGUCCCCAGGGACCGCCUGUCACGAUUGUUCCCCCUCAACCUAUACCCAUGGUCGAGCCCACCGUAAUGCGCUUGCCUCCGUCGCGAACGCCUUCUAUACGGUCACGUCCUUCUGAGGAAUACAGUGACUAUGAGGUUCCGAGACACACACCUCCGCCUGACGCGAUCCACGUUCUAGCUCUAGCUCCAGUGGUGCCUACGGAACCUCGGGUUGGUUCACCUCGACAACCCGAUGCUCCCCGCACUCAGCCGCUCAAGGCCCCUCCAGCUCUGCCACCUGCUCCUAUUGCUCCUACUGCUCCUGCCGUGCAUCCUCCAAUUAUCGUUCAACCGCUUCCGCCUAGCGUCUCUCAAGUUGUGGAAAGGCGGCUCGCUUCGACUCGACCUCCAAGGUCUCCCGUGCCUCAGAGGGAAGAGCCGUCUCACGGGGAGCCUGCCACGAUUGUAGUUCGCACACAUUCCCCAGAACGGUCACCAUGUCGGGUCAGCUACCGUCGCACGCAUCGCUCUCGUUCAAGAUUACCGACGCCCGGACUUCUCGUUGUUGUACAGCCGACUUCCAUGGGCCCAUAUCCUGGAGGACAGCUGCAAAUGCCGCAUCCUGUUCCUCCUAGUGUUCCUGUUAUCGUGCAGAGGACUCGAUCGCGAACAAGAUUACCCAGUCCUAUUAUAAUCCACUCUGACAGGGGUCGUUCUCCCAGCAUAGACAGAGAUGGUCGGCGGCGUAGACCUCGCUCACCGACCGGCGUUGUAGAAGGCGAUCCUCACAGAUGCUCCCCAUCACCAACCGUCCUGCAUCGACGAUCGCGUCCCACAAUGAGAAGAAUAUUCUCCCAGAUGAGCCUCGAGGUCGCCUCCCAUAGUAGUAUGCCACGGGUCACGGUCCCCCACCAUUCGACUCCCUGGUGA